AAGUACUCUUCAAAAUAGAAAGUUGGUAUCCAAUCUAAACAAUGCUUCCUAAAUUGUUAUAUGUGAAUAUCUAGGACAGACAUAUCAUUAAGAUGGCAGCGUAAAAAAGAGCACAGCUACACUGUAAUAAUGACUGAUCCAGCAAGUUGUAGCACAAGUAUUGACUUGGGCACCAUAACAACUGUAGUGUCAUCACUUCAGAGAGUAGUGGGAGAUUUUUAUGGUCCACAGUGCACACAAACCCUGCUUACAUCACAAACAGGAAAGGCAGUGGUGACCAGCGAUGGUUUAUCUAUAGUUGAAGCUUUACAAGCAGCUCAUCCAAUAACUGAGUUGGUUUUUAAAUCCUUGAAAAGCUGCCAUGCUGUUACAUUAGAUGGUUGUAAAACUUUCCUGAUCUACCUCUCAAAUUUUCUUGUCCAUUUACAUGAUGAAAUCAGUCGUGGUAGUUUCUGUCACUCGGGUAUGAAUAUAGCAACUAAUAAAGAGGCUGUGCAAAAACAAGGAAUAGUUCUUGCAAGGAAUUAUGUAAGGCAGGUAAAACAAAAUGUUCUUCCGCAGAUUUGCCAGGCAUUACAAUUACAUAGUCAUGCCCUUUCUAGCAGCAUGAUACAGAAGAUGGGGAGAGAAGCUAUUAUUAAAUGUUUACUUUGGACUACAUUAAUGCCACAUUAUAGUCUGAAACUAAGCAAUCACUUUGCCCAAGUCCUGGUUUUAAGUUUACCAGAGAAGUGUGAGAAUAGGAAAUUUAAAGAUACCACCAAUUUUCUUGUGGACAAUUUUUUCGAUGUAAAUAUCAAAGUUCCAAACCGACCAUAUGGAGAUAGUACCCAUAUUGAGCCUAUGUUACUUGAUAGAGAUUUUACUCUGAAACAUGAUAACCUGUUUACAGCAAGUCAGCUGUCAGUAUUGAUAUUUAAAGGUAAUAUUGAUGGUAUUGAAAGUGAUGAUGAUUCUCAAGAAACUAUCCUUGUGAAAGAAUCAGGACAAAUUGUGAACCUUAUACAUGCAAGGAGGAAGAUGGUGAAUCAGUUUGCUCACAACUGUCAGUGUCAGAACAUAGAUCUUCUUAUUUGUACCCAAGGAGUACCAAGGUAUUCUUUGGAUAUUUUCAGACAGAUGAAUGUGUCUGUAAUCGCUAAUGUUUUAGAAAGAGAUGCAGAAAUACUUGAAAUGCUGACAGGAAAACUUUCAAUAAAUACUGUUAAAGAUACUGUAAAUGAAAGUAACAUAAUUUCCCUAAAUGGAAUAAGUGAACUUAUUAUAGGUGGUAAAAAAUAUGUGCAGUUAAAAUUGGACAAUAUAAGAUACCCAAUCAAACACCUUAUCAUAUGUGCACCUACUAUUGGAUUAUGCGAUCAGUUAGCAAUAAACCUUCAGAAAGGAUUGAAUGCUUUAAAAAUGUGCCUGAAUGCAGGAGAACUUGAAAAUAAAAUGUCAUACAUAAGAAAUUCAUCAAGUUCAGAACAAAAUGAAAAAGAAAGUGUAGAGAAUAGAUCGACUGAUAUGACUAGAGAGAAUUGUAAUGACUUUUCUGACCAGGAAGUCAAGUCUGAUCUAGAAAUUGACAAGAAAUCAGGCACUGAUUAUUCUUAUAACAAUUAUGGAAAUAUGCAGCAUCAUAGUGGUCCACAAAUCACUUCAGUGACAGAACAGUUUAACAUUGUUGAAGGUGGUGGUGCUUUUGAAAUUCUUUUUCACAAAUUACUUCAGGACUUCACUACUUCUUGUACAGAUCCAAACCUUUCUCUUAUGUGUGAAAUACUUGAGAAAACUAUGAUUUCAUUGGUUAAGACAUUAUAUGACAAUACAAGCAUCCAAUCAGAAAGCUCAAGAGGGUUUCUUGUAAUAAAGACUAUUCUUCAGGUGAAAAGAAAUGGAGAUCUAUGGGGUCUGAAUAGAAGAGGCAUUCCAGGUUGUAUGUCUGAACAGGGAGUUAUAGAACCGCUGAUGAGUAAAAUUCAUGUUUUACACUGUGUGUUGAAUUUGGUUGAGCAGUUACUGGGAAUAGAUCAAAUUGUCAGUGUGAGGAAAUUGGAGUGCACAAAGGAUGAUACUGAAUAAUUUUUUUUUAAAUAAAAAAUAUAUUGCAACAUUACAAUACAACUUUUUAUAUGUCCCUUAAAUUGAUAAUUUGGGAGCUGGACAAGAACAUUACACAAGUUCAGCAGGCAAAGGGUUAAAAUACAGCACAUCAAUUCAUUAUUAAGAUAUUUUUUCUAUGUAAAUGUCUUUGAAUUGCAGAUUUUACAGUAACAACACAUGUAUGGUCUAUACCUCAAUAAUGCUGAUUAAAUUUUGAAGUAUUUUGACUUUCAUUUCCUCAUCAUAAUAUUUACAAUUAUGCUGAGUUACAUGUCAACAGUUGUAAAAUUAUAAUAGUUCAAAAUUAAAGGACAAGAGACAGAA